CUGGGGCAUUUUAAGAGCUGGGGAGGAUUGUGUGAUAAUCGAUGAUAAUUGUUGAUAAUUGAAGUUGGUUAAAGAUAGCUGAUGGAAAUCAGCGAUGAUGAGAUCGAAGUAUGGAAUAGGAAACUCAAUUGAUGGAAGCUGGUAAAGAAUUGCAGGAAAUGAUUAUUAAUUCAUUGAUGGGAUCAAGGUAUAUAAGAAGAGAAGAUUUGAUGAUGUUUUUUGAAAUAUAUUCCAAAGAUAUCAUCAAUAGUACGAAUCUCUUGAGAACCACUUGACUAUUCUUAAGCAAUCAAUUCUACUUUUCAAUUCAAUUCAAACAAAACUCACUAAAAUGUCUGUUGUCGGUACUUUAUACUCCCCAGCUGCUUCUCCACGUUGCCCAAUUUUAAACUAUAUCAUUGAAUAUUAUAACUUGCCAGUUAGAAUUGGUGAAAAGGAUGAAUUAUUCACUAAGAAUUUCCCAUUAGGUAAAGUUCCAGCUUACCUUGGUACUGAUGGUAACUAUAAAUUACAUGAAACAUUAGCUAUUUUGUUAUAUGUUGUUUCAUUAAUCAAGAACCCAGGUAAUUUAUUAGGUGCAACCAAGGAUGAAUAUUUUGAAGUUCUUAAAUGGUUAUCAUUCAUCAACUCUGAUAUUACAACUGAAUAUGUUAAUGCAGUUUUCCCAGUCAUUGGAGCUUAUCCAUAUGAUGAAAAAAGAGUCUUUGGUGGUAGAGCUCAAUUAGAUAAAUACGCUAAAGUUUUUGAAGAUUAUCUUGCUAGCAAUUCAUUUUUAGUUGGCAGUGGUGUUACCUUAGCUGAUUUCUUUUCAGCCGUUUUCUUCAAACAAUGUUUUGAAACCGUUUGGGAUAAAUCAUGGGCUUCAGCUCAUCCAAACAUUUCAGCUUGGUUUGCUAAAGUUCUUGAAGAACCAUUAUUAAAGAAAAACAUUGGUAAAUUUCAAAUCAUUGAAAAAAGACUUGAAGCCAAUUAGAUAAAUGAGUUACAUAGAUUAAUG